UUUGAACUGAUAAGAAGAUGCGGAAGAGCGGCAGAGUGCAGCCGAACUGGUACAUUUUCCAGUGACUCAAAAAGGUUUGCCAUCAAUACUACCUGCUGUAACUCCAGUAUGUGCCUCCCUCCUAUCCCCACGUUCCCAUCCCAAGUAUCAGCUGAAAAUGGCCUGGCCUGCCCAGCGUGCUACGUAGAGAACUCCAGGAGAUGUUUAUCAGACGAACCCUUGAACUGUGUUGGAAAUGAGAAUCGCUGCAUCCAGUACCUAAAGCAGGAACUCUAUGACGGCAAGUUGACAAUUGAGUCUUUUUACGGAUGUACCACAGACAGUAUCUGCCGACUUGGAUCAUCGAGUAAGAAAUUCUUGUAUUUGACAAAUGAGACUUUCAAAACCGUAAAAAUGGAUAUGAGCUGCAGCGGCGGUAUGGGGCUGAGCGUUCCCUUCCUCUCCUACCUGGGCUUCAGAUUAGUUGGCCUUAUGAUAUAA